AUGGGUGGAAAAGAGCCAAGUGAAGGAGGGGCGUUUGCUUCUCUUAGGUGCUUCAAGUGUGGAGAAGUUGGUCAUCAUAUUGUUGAGUGCAUGAGCACACUUGUGACUUAUCUCAAGUGUAGGGAGCCAAGGCAUGAUAUUGCUGAGUGUAGCAGAAAUGUCAUGACUUGUUUCAAUAAUGGAGAACCUGGUCAUAUCAGUUAUAAGUGUUCAAAGCCAAAAAAUUCUCUAGAUAUCGCACAAGGUAGUAGCAAGGUGUUUUCUCUAAGUGGGGUUGAGGUCUCGAGAUCUGAUAACUUGAUUCAAGGCACACAUUUCAUUAAUAACGCGUCUUUGAUUACUAUUAUUGACGCAAGUGUGAAACAUUCAUUUAUAUCUCUUAAUUGUGCAACUAAGUUGAGUUUGGUUGUGUCUUCUAUGAGUGAUAGCAUGGUCAUUGAUACCCUAACCUAUGGUUUGGUGACUAAUUCAUCAGUUUGUUUGAACUUCCCUCUAACUAUUUAUGGUAGAAAGUUUAGAGUUGACUUGAUCUGCUUGCCUUUGAGUCGACUCAAUGUUAUUUUGGAGAUGAUCUAG